UAAUCCGACAUGAACAUUGAACAAGGACUCCUGAAGCUUUCUUCACUUUCUUUCUACCUUCCCAUUAUGUCCCCCUCUUCCCCCUUCCGAUAUUGAAACCCUAACCCCUAAUUCCAGAUAUAGCCUAAUUCUUAGCCCCAUAUUUUUCACUGCUCCACAGGCCUCUCGCUUUGCACAAAGUGAACAAAGAGAAGAAAGAAAGGCCGAGGUCGAUGGAGACUCAGUUCACACACAAUUUAUACGAGCGACGCCCCUUUCUCAAAUCCAAGGCUCCUGCUGUUAAAUGGUUCAAAGAAUGGGUGCCCCAAGAUGUUGUGGCAACUGGUGGGAAGUGUUCACUUUUCAGAUGGGUUAAUGAGAACCAAUUGAAGGCUUUGAAAGAGAAGGCAAAGGAAUCACCAGCACCAGAACCAGAGCCUGAACCUACUACAGAGGUUCUUUUCCUAUGCAGUUAUGAAGGCUGUGGAAAAACCUUCAUAGAUGCUGGUGCUUUGAGAAAGCAUUCUCAUAUCCAUGGGGAGAGACAAUAUGUUUGUCACUACGAAGGAUGUGGAAAGAAAUUUUUAGAUAGUUCAAAGUUGAAAAGACACUUCUUAAUUCAUACAGGUGAAAGAGAUUUUGUAUGUCCUCAUGAAGGCUGUGGCAAGGCGUUUUCGCUGGAUUUCAACCUGAGGUCGCACAUGAAAACACACUCACAAGAAAAUUACCAUAUCUGUCCAUACCCAGAGUGUGGAAAGAGAUAUGCUCAUGACUACAAACUGAAGAACCAUAUUGCAGCUCACCAUGAAAAGCAUUCAACUCCCGAUACAGUGAAAUAUACCACACCUCCAGAAAAGAUAACGAAAGUUUCCAAGCCUUCAGCAGUGGCGUAUGGCUCUGUGUCAUCCGAUCGUCCCUAUGCUUGUCCUUAUGAAGGUUGUAUAAAGGCUUACAUCCAUGAAUACAAGCUUAAACUACAUUUGAGAAAAGAGCAUCCUGGCCAUAUGUCUGAUGAAAACGCUGAGAAUGCCUCUCCCAAUGCUGACAAUGAGGUGGAUGAGGCCAGUGAUCAAGAUGCCUAUGUUGAGAAGCGUGCAAAUGGGAAAAAUCGGAAACAGAGCCGGGCAAAGCCCAACUUGAAGAUGCCUCCAUCAAAAAUCACACAACGGAAAGGUUCAAGUCCAUCUCGUGCCGCUUUGAAUGUGGUGAAAAAAUCUUGGCAGCCAUUAAAGGAAGAAAACUACGAAGAAGAAGAUAGUGAAGAGACAGAGGAGGAGGAUCGCGACAAUGCAGAGGAUGGAUGGAGAUAUGGGGAAAACAAUGAGGAUGAUGAUGACGAGGAGACGGAGUAUGAAGAUUGAAGAAACACAGCUAGGUUGCUUUUUUCAUUUUUUUAAAUAUAUAUAUAUUUUUUAUUUGCGUUCUUGUAAUAUAGUUCUUUUUUUAAUCUCUCUAAAAAUAAUGCCAAACUUGAAGAAAUUUACAAAUUGUUAGGCGAGAUUGGUUACUUGCAUUCGAAUUAUUCUCCCUUUCCCUUCUGACAAGAUAUGAACUGUUUGCUCGAA